CAACGGAAUCCACCGAGCCAUCCAGUUGUCGGCUAUCCCGCCAGGUGCUUUUGGGAUCUCUGCGGCGACGUUUGACGGGCAAACAGGCGUCCCCAACUUUAGCAUUUUUAGGCAAUUACUGCUUUUAGCAAGCAGCUGUGAUUCUCCCGUGCAAUAGCCUCCCGUCUCUGCCCCGGUACUUCGAACAAGGCUGCACGUAUUUGAGAAGUCUCGCAGCAGCCGCUGGCACGCCGCGAGCACAAGCAAUCCGCACCCCGAGCCCUCCGCGCAACAAAAAGCCAUGAUCCUGAGGUUCCUCCUAUUAGCAAGCGCCGCGGGCUUCCAAUCAAAGCCGCGGCCGCGCCAUCCCACCUUGUUACAAGCCAAGACGCUGCAACGCAAGUGGCAGACCGAGCGCACGAAGCUCGCCGACGACUACGGCGCGCCCACCGACAUCGUAGACAAGGGCCUAGCGGGCUCCAUCCAAGUCCUGUUCAAGCAGGGCAACGCGACGAAGAUGACGCGCGCCGAGGUCGGCACGCCUCUGUCGGAAGUCGCGUCCCAGGCCGACCAGUUCAUAAGGUACAAGUGCAAGAAGGGCGAGUGCGGCACCUGCGAGGUCCAGGUCAACGGCAAGUGGGUGAGGACGUGCGUCGCCACCGUGCCCUACGUCGAGAACAAUCUUUUCGAGGUCACCGUGAAGCCGACGAUGAUGAAGGGCCAGGGCAAGGCGUCCAAGUUCUACUCCUUCAAGUCCUUCGUCAUGGGCUGGUACAACAACAUCCUGGGCAUGGUCGGCUUCGUGAAGACGUCGGCGACGGAGGGCAAGAAUUUUCGUGAUAGAUUAGAUGGAGAGGACGAGGUCGCGCGACUGGUUGCCGAGCGCAAGGCGAAGCGCCUCGCUGAAUCGAAGCACUAGCCGGGGUGUAAUCGGUAUCGUAUCGCUA